UUCUCUUUGUGGCAGCCUUCUAAGCACCACCGGAUAUGCGGAGCUCACUUCAACGCAAGUGGACGCCGUGGUUACCUGGACCGGAUGCCAACUAUUUUCCCCCAUAAAGUCAUCAAUCAACUAUCUCCUUCCUUUAAUACCGUCGCGAAACGCAAGAAGACGAGCUCCCAAACUGCCUCUGCCAGCCCGGUGCUCCUUCUGAACGAGUUGGAUAUCGGCUGCGUAGUUGACGUGCCCCAAUGCGAUCAACCAAGCGACGUUGUUUCCCAGGAGCCCACCCAGCUGACCUUCGGUGCACCGGCUUCGCCUCGCACGGAAACGGAAGGUGCCGACCACUCGUACUCCAUGGGGCCUCCAGACGCAUCUGCUGCCACGCUAAGAAAAGUCAACUACCUUCUCGAAGUCUGUGGAAAACUCGAGCAUGAAAAUAGCUUGCUCCGCAAAGACAAAGCUGUGCUCCAGAAAGAGGUUGAGGAUCUGAAGGCUCAGUUGCACGAUGUGAAAGUUGAGGCGCUCAAAGAGAAACUGAAACUAAAAGAUCCUGUCUCCAAAGUUCACGAUUUUGUUUCAGAUGAGAAACGACUCGUGUUUUAUACGGGGUUUAACUCCUUCAAAAGAUUUGAUGCGUUUGUGGAACAUGUUGAAGGCAUGUACGAGGCACUGAAAACGGGUGCUGGCAGGCCACCAGCACUGACAAUGAAAGAACAGCUCAUUGCAGUGCUUUGCAGGCUCAGGGUUGGGUUACUGGAACAGGAUUUGGCAUAUCGCCUGAAAGUGUCUGUGUCGACCGUGAGUGCUAUGUACACAUUUUGGGUUAAUUUUUUGUUUGAAAUGCUAACCCAGAUACCAAUGUGGCCAUCCCGUAAUACAGUGGACCUGUUCAUGCCAGACAAUUUUAAAGAACUGUACCCAUCUACACGCAUUGUACUGGACUGCACAGAAAUUUUUAUCGAGAACCCGUCUGACUACAAUACACAAAGCGACACUUUCAGCGCGUAUAAAGGACACAACACCGCAAAAGGGCUCAUUGGCAUCACUCCGAACGGCUUCGUUUCUUUCGUGUCUAAUCUUGCUCCUGGAAGACUUUCUGAUCGAGAAAUCACAAGACACAGUGGCCUGUAUGAGUUGCUCGAGGAAGGGGACAGUGUAAUGGCGGAUAGAGGAUUCCUCAUUGAAGAUGACCUCCGUCAGCUUGGAGUUGAAUUAAAUAUGCCACCUAUGUUGAAUGGCCGCUCGCAGUUGUCACUGGCAGAGGAGUUAGCAACACGGCAGAUAGCCAGUUUGCGAAUCCAUGUUGAGCGUGUCAUCAGGGAAGUUAAAAACUUUAGAAUACUCCGUGCUGUUUUUCCUAAUGUUAUGGCAGAGAAGCUGAACAAGAUAUGGAAAAUUUGUUGCUAUCUCAAUAAUUUCAUGCAUGAGCCCAUUCUAAACCGAUGAGCGAUGGUGGUGUUUUUAAUGUCUUGUACGUUGUGCAUAAUCUACUGUAAUGCAGGGGUGCUCAAACUUUUUAGCCUUUUCAGUUGAAGAAAGACCAAC